AUGUGUUACUAUGGUGGAUACUGUGGAUGCCUUGGCUAUGGCUAUGGAGGCCUAGGCUCUGGCUAUGGCUGUGGCUAUGGCUGUGGCUAUGGCUGUGGCUAUGGUGGCUAUGGUUAUGGCUGUUGCCGCCCACUGUGCUGUAGAAGGUACUGGUCCUAUGGCUUCUACUGA